AUGAGCUCCUCCACCCCAUCCACGCCGCUGAGCUACCAGGGCGGUGGCGGUGGUGGCAUCCGCGAUAUCGGCACCGUCACGUCCGGCAUGGCCAUUAUGAACUUUGAUCAGAAGACAAAGCCGUACACGCGCAGCGAUCUCGUGCAGUUUCUGAUGAACUACCAGGCCAAUCUGAAUGAGGUGGAGCUGCGACUUGUGGAGAAAGGUAUGGUGGGCACCUUUGUUGGCAUACCAGUGUUCUUUGGUGCUGGAUACUUCCUAAGUGGCCGGCUUGGCUGGCAUCGCGUGGUGCGAGCCAUGGCGCCGCUGAGCGAGGAAGGACGGCCGAGUUGGCUCGUUAUCCACCUCCCAAAGAUUGGUCGCAUUGCCUUUGGGCUGUCGGCGGCCACCAUCCCCUACAUUGCGGUGCAACAGUGGUUCGUCUCGCGCGUGCUGGAGUUGGAUGAGCGGGAGAGCAACUUAUCCUUCCACGUCCGGCGACUGAUGCUGUCACAGCGCUCCAGCAUGAUGUUUAAGCGCACCGCUACGCGUGAGGUGACAAGAGAGGAGCAGCAGCGCCUGCUGCGCGAGGCCGAGGCACACGUAAAUGAGAAUCGCAGUGGUCAGCGUGUAAGCCAGGGCCUGGGCACCGGUCCUGUAGACGUGAACCUGCAGCUGGGCCAACAGGUGCUGACACCACUGGCGCAGACAGGCUACAAGCCGAUGCCUACGCAGCAGCGAUAG